AAAUUUUGACAUUUCCCGCGUCUCGCCGUGCAGUGCAAUCGGCAAUUUUCAAAACAACAAUAACGUUUUUGAUUUACUUUUACCUACAAAACUGACUUAAAUUCGUCUUGAAACUUUAGCUAUCAUAAUUUUCCUGCGUCGCAACCCAACUUGUCCAGUGACAUCAGAAGCGUCGUUUACCAAAUCGAAAUUUCAAGGUUCACCCUGCCUGCGGUGGAGAAGUUUUCUGCAUGGUUAUGGUUCUAGUGACGAAUUUGAAAUGCGUUUAACUUGCAUUGUUUGUCGAGAGCUCCUUUUACCAUGCGAAGAUGUCAAUGUUGCUCCUUGUGGACACUUCUUCCACUAUACUUGUUGGAUUGGCUGGCUUGAAAGAUCUAAAACAUGUCCACAAUGUCGGAAAAAAACCACAGAAAAACAAAUCUUUCGACUGUAUUUCAACUUGGCAGAAGGAGAAGGAGAGGAAGUUGAAGAUGCAGCUGCAAUGAACAACAAAUUAGAUUCACUUUCUUUCAACCUUCGCCUGAAAGAGAAAGACCUAUCCAAUGCUAAAGAAUUGUUGGAGAAAGAGACCAGUGUAAAUGAAGGAUUAAGAACUGAAAUUAAGAACUAUAAGAAAAAGAUGGAUGAUGCUGUGACUCAACGGCAGUGCUUAGAGUCAAAGAUAUCGUACCUUCGCAUGCAAGCUAAGGAGACAGAGCAGGCUAAAGCACAGGUGGCAUCACUUAAAACUAAGCUCGAUAGACUUGAAAGAAUGGACACUAUAAUCCAUGGCAAUAUAAGUGACGUUGAACAAGUUCUCGAAUCCACCACAUUUACACAGGAAGGAAUGCGUAGCCUUGCGUUGUUUACUUCAAGCCUCAAAAAAGCUCUUGAAGAAACCAAAGAGCGAAGAGAACAGUUGAAAGAACUUCAUAAUGCAGAUAAGUGCACUAUGCGUAAACUGAAUCAAGAAGUCAAAGAACUAAGAAUUAAACUUGAAAUGGCCACUUCAACCAUAGAGCAUCUGGAAAGUGAUGUUCGUCAUCUUGAGCAAGAGAAGAAAAGUAUAACAGGAAAACUUCAAGCUCUUGAGCGGGCUGUUCUCUCCCCUAGUGCAGAUAAUAUUCGUGACAACGCCCUUCGGAGAAUUAUUGCUGAAAGUCCUGCCCCAGAGUACUUAAAAAGAUUGCGAGAAGAAGAUGAAAAUACAGAGGAAGACAGCAAUCUUACUCCUGUUCAGGUUGGGCCAGGUAGAAGUUUUUCCUUUUCUCAGCCUGAUGCUGAAAAUACACAAUCACAACAGGCCAAGAGAUUGGAGUUGGAUGGCUCACCUGCUUUGGGAGUUAGGCCACUUAUUGUUAAAGGCUCUGGUGUGCCUCUGAAGAAAACUCAGUCAAUGCCAGUGAAUGGCCCAUACAACAAAAUGACAAUUUUUAACAAAAGACUGCAACCAGGAAAGCAAAGUGCCCCUCUCCGGCCUACAUCUCAGUUUGGUGCAGGCUAUGAUGGUCUUGGCGGUCAUUCCCACCCUGAUGAUUUUCCCAAACCUAGCCCUAAACCAUUCAAAAAAGCUAAACCAGCUCCAACAGCUACUCUGUCAAAAGUUAAGAAACUGGUUGCUCCAGCUGGUGUACCAAAAUUAGACCAAUUUGCUGGUUUUUUGAACUUUGACUAAUAACAGUUCAAUUCAGUCAGUGAUAUGUGAUAGCUUUGAAAUAUUUUGGCAAGUUUUUCAAGAAGUGUAUUAUUUAAUGUCCCUUUAUAAUUUGAAGCAAAUGUGAUCCUACUUAUUGUUAGAGCCCCGUACCGACAUUCCUCUUGGCAUGGUGUUAUUGGCAUGUAUGAGGCCAGUUAUUUUUUUAACUUAGUCAGUUAUUUUUUUAACUUUGGUAUCAACUUAUACAAGUAGAAAAGUGAAUCACUGUGGCCAUGGCUGUGUGCCUGUUUUUAAUUUUAAGUGUUGCCUGUAAUCAUAUUUUUUAAA